AAAAAAAGCAUUUGAGAAAUGCACUCUUUUGGAGUGUCUUGUGAUAUUCCUGAGAGAUGAUUUGGGAUGUAGACGCAGUGAAGCUUGACAUUUCGAGAGUGCAUGUAAUCCGCAGAGAUGAGCUCAAGCGGCAGUUUUUGCUCCUGCCGUUGCUUUCCCAACGCUGAUUCCAACGCUUAUCUUCCCUCUUUAUCCUCUUCACCCCACUCCUCCGUUGUCUUUGUUAAGUUUCUUCCUCGGAGUUUGAGCCCUCUUCGAGUCUCUGCUUCCUCCUCCUCUAAUGAUAAUCCUCGGAUUUCUACCAGUGGAAGUAACCAACACAUCAGAGGCUCGGGAACUAGUGCGAGGAGUCGUAGAUUGCUCAGAAUUCGCGAAGAGAAGCGGCAACGAGAACACGACCGUGUUCACAAUUACCCUGCUUGGGCCAAAGUCCUCGAAGAUGCUUGUAAAGAUGAUACUGAGCUCCGUGCUGUUCUUGGAGACAGCAUUGGCAACCCUGAACUCAUGAGGAAACGGGUAGAAGAUAGAGUCCGAAAGAAGGGUAGAGACUUUCAUAAAUCCAAAACAGGCUCUGUGCUUGCUUUCAAAGUCAGCUUUAGAGACUUUAAUCCAGGUGAUUCAUUCAUAUGGUUUGAAUUGUUUGGAUCACCAUCUGAUCGGGACAUUAAUCUAAUUGGUAGUGUUAUUCAAUCCUGGUAUGUUAUGGGUCGCCUUGGUGCCUUCAAUUCUUCUAAUUUGCAGUUGGCAAAUUCAUCUAUGGAGUACGAUCCUCUCUAUGAUUCUGAGAAGGGCUUCAAAGUGAUGCCAUCAUCCUUCCACGAUAUAGGUGACAUUGAGUUUCAAGAUAAGUGGGGACGUGUUUGGGUUGACCUUGGUACAUGCGAUUAUUUUGCCAUUGAUGUCCUCCUCAAUUGCCUAACUUCCUUAAGCUCAGAAUAUCUAGGUAUCCAACAGGUAGUUUUUGGUGGACGUAGUAUGGGCGAUUGGGAAGAGGGAAUGACGGACCCUGACUAUGGUUACAAGAACUACAGGAUCUGAACUGGGCUUUUAGAUCAAUUGGCAUUAUUAACCUCAGUACAGCCAAAUUUGUAUCUCUUCUUUUCACUAAGGUGCCGCAAAAAUAUGCAUUGAGCUGUACAAUAUUUACUCUCUUUUAUUUGUAUUUUGGGAGGGGGGUUUUUUGAGGCUGAGGAGUGCUUAGUCAAGUAUUUUGAGGCUCUAACUAAAAUGAUCUAUUUUGCUGUGUAAUUGUUGUGACAGAUUUUGUACUCUUAACCUCAAUGCGUACCAAUUCAUAUGAAAAAUUACAAUGGGAGCAUGUGCUCUUCAUUUCA